AUGCUCUUCUUGCGUUUCCGGCCAAAGCAUGCCGUGGCCCUGUCCAACUUCACGAUUCUCGGAGGGGCCUUCGCCAACACGGCGUUGAAUGCCCCGAAGACAGAUGAGAAUGGUAGAGCUUUGAUCAAUUGGGACAUCAUCGUGAUGAUGGAGCCCGCCACCCUGGCCGGGACGGUCCUUGGCUCUUUCGCUUCAAAGUACCUCGCGGAUUUUGUGCUGAUGGGAUUUCUGGCCAUCGUGCUGGCGCUUUUGUCUUUCCGCACGCUGGGCAAGGGGCUGGAGAUGUUCCAGCACGAGACCGCGAAGGACGCGGAACUCCAGGCGGUGCCGCAAAGCGAGGACCUGGCCUCCGAGGAGGCCUUGAGCGACGGCGAGGAGGAGCCCAAAGAGUCCCGGAACCUCGUGGGCGACACGCGCCUGCGGACGGUGGGAGCAGGGACGCCCUGGCUGAAGGUCGGCCUGCUCGUCUGCUGCUUUCUGGGCUGCGUGGUCUUGACCGUUCUCAAAGGCGGUGGAGCUGGAUCCGUUGUAGGCGUGGCCUGUGGCUCGGGGAGCUUUUGGCUCCUGAGCUGGGCGCAGCUUCCCUGGGUGCUGGGCUUCGGCCUUAUCUUCAGAGAUAUGCUCAUCAGCGAGAACCUGGACAAAGAGGAGGAUGGCCAUGAAUUCGCCGCCUCGGAGAUACGAUGGACGUCGGCCACGACCAUCCGGUACCCCCUGCUCUGCAGUGUGGCCGGGAUCCUGGCCGGACUCUUCGGCGUGGGAGGUGGCAUCAUCAAGGGGCCCUUGAUGCUGGAGCUUGGGGUGGCUCCUCAGGUGGCAUCGGCCACUGCAGCUACGAUGAUUCUUUUCACCUCCAUGGCGACUGCGGUGUCGUUCGAGGUCUUCGGCCUUCUGGAGCCCAGUUACGGCUCUUUGUGCUUCAUGCUGGGCUUCGGCUGCACCUUGCUUGGGCACUACAUCGUCAACGCAUACCUGCAGGGCGCGAAGCGGCAAUCACCGCCGGUACUGUCGAUAGGAUGCGUGAUGGCGGUCUCCACCGCACUACUCAUCGUGGAGAUUGUCGGCAGAUUCUGCAACCAGGAGUUUGCGCAGCUCAUCGAGCCGACUUCUCUCUGCAGCAUCAACGACUGA